AUCCCGAUCUCUCCGCGAGACUCCUCGACGGCAGCGCAGGAUGAAGAAGCGGCAGAAAGAGAGGGACGGGGAAGGUGGACACGUUGGAAGUCAGAAAGAAAGUGACCAGAGCUGGAUUCCCAAGAUCGUCAAGAAGCGAGUAUGUACCACUUUCGUUGAAGACUCUUUCAGUCAUGGAGCGCUGUGUCAGUGUGGUGGUGUGCGGGAGCUGCAUGACUCGGUGGCCACUGGGGACUUCUUUGGAGCUGCGAUCGUCACUCAGUGGGAGAGCAGGCAGCACUCAUCAGAGUGUCCCACCGACGCCUUUGGGGAACUGGAGUUUGCCGGCGCCGGACACAAACACAGUCAUUUUCUGCGGCUGUCAAGUGACACAUCACCUCAGAUCGUCUACACCCUGAUGAUGGCUCACUGGGGCCCGCCCUUACCCAAUCUGGUGGUGUCGGUGGUCGGGGGGGAAGGCCAUGAGAAGAUUAAAACAUGGGUGAGAGAUGUCCUAAGAAACGGAUUGGUUAGGGCUGCACAGAGCACAGGGGCCUGGAUCCUGACAGGGGGUCUGAGGGAAGGCGUGGCCCGCUGUGUGGGGGAGGCGGUGAGGGACCACGGGGCCGCGGCUCCAGCGAUCUCCAGAAAGAAAGUGAUUGCUGUGGGGCUGGCACCCUGGGGCCUAGUGCACAACAGGCAGCAGCUUGUCAAUGUCAAGGGCAGUUUUCCUGCUCGAUACUCUGUCCAGGACACAUCACGUGACUCCUGCUGCCUGGACAACAACCACCAGGCUUUCCUCCUGGUGGAUGAUGGUAGUGUCGGCCGCCGGGGGGGAGAGACGGCCUUUCGUGGAAGUCUGGAGGACUACAUUUCCCAUCAGCGCACUGGCAUUUGGGGUAGUGGCGGUAUUGAAAUCCCGGUGCUGUGUAUGCUCAUCUCAGGAGACGCCAAUAUGCUCAAGAGAUUAGAUGUCUCUCUGAGGAAAGCUACGCCCUGGCUGGUUCUUGCUGGAUCUGGUCCUGCCGCAGACUUCAUCAGUGAGCUGCUGGACUAUCUCAGUACCAUCUCUCCUCCAGCAGAGGGGGAGGCUGCUGAGGGUCUCAGCGCAGAGCUCCGCAACAAGGUCCGUGACCAGGUUCAGAGAUAUUUCCCAGCUGAAGCUGAGCUGGAGAAACUGGUGGAUAGUGCUCUGAGUAUUUAUCAGAACAGAGAGUUCAUCACUGUUUUCCACGGGGAACAGGAGGGUUCUGAUGAUUUUGAUAUCGUUCUCCUCAAAGCCCUUGUUAGAGUUAGUAAACGUGUGUCCAGUGAAGCCAGUGAGUACAUUGAGGAGCUGAAACUAGCCGUGGCCUGGAACCGAGUGGACAUCGCCAAAACUGAGCUCUUUAAUGGAGAUAUCGAGUGGAAGUAUGAGGACCUUGAGGACUCCAUGACAGACGCACUGAUCAACAACAAGCCCCAGUUUGUGCGUCUCUUCUGCGAGAAUGGACUGAAUAUUCUGCGCUACCUGACUCACCGUCGCUUGGAGAGCUUGUACUGCUCGCUGUCCGAUAGCUCGCUGGCCUACAUUCUGCUCCAGAAGCGUCUGCAUGAGAGGCAGGGCCUGGCUGGAUCCUUGCCCAACCUGCAUGGGGCUGAGACGGCGCCUCUGAAGAGUCUUCAGAGUGCACUAAGUGGACCCGCUUCAGCCAUGGAGCUCAACCUGUAUGAGGUAUCCCGCCUGCUGUCGGACCUGUUGGGUGAUGUCUGUCAGCCUUUCUACUAUGGACCUUUGGGCCUGGACCCCAGCACCAGCACCAGGAAGGCUCUCAAGCAAGUCAAUCAGAUGUUGCUGGGGGACUGCAUGUACCGGGACCAGCGCUGCCUCUCACCCUGGGCCGCCCUCUUCUUCUGGGCCGUCCUGCAGAACCGCCGUGAAAUGGCUGUUUACUUCUGGGAGAUGGCAGGGGAGUCAGUGCUGAGCGCUCUGGGUGGUUGUAAGAUGCUGAGGGAGCUUUCAAAGCUUGAGCGUGAGACUGAGAGCAAGCUAGCCAUGAAGGAACUGGCACAGAAGUUUGAGAACCUGGCCAACGAUGUAUUUGGUGAGUGUUACCAGAGCAGCGAGAGUCGCUCCUUUACUCUCCUUAUAAGGACGUCUCCAGUGUGGGGCGGAGCUACAUGCCUUCAGAUGGCCACUGCGGCUGAUGCCCGCCUGUUCUUCAGUCACGAUGGUGUUCAGUCCCUGCUGUCUCAGGUCUGGUGGGGUGACAUGGAGAGGAGUACUGAGGUCUGGAAACUGGUUCUCACCUUCUUCCUGCCCCCUCUCCUCUACACCGACCUUAUCAGCUUCAGAGCACAAGAAGAGGAAGAUAAGUCUGUGGAGGUCCACCACGGCAGAGACACUGACAGUCUGGAUGGAAAUGAUAACACCGUCUUUUGCCUUGCUGACAUUAUACAAAAUGAGGAAGAAGCUCGAAAAGAAAACCUGAAAGACUCUUUGCCAUCCAACUCCAAGAGACCAUUCAUUGUGUCACGGUGGAGACAGUUCUGGUUUAGCCCUGUUACCUCAUUCCUUGGCAACGUGCUGAUGUACUUCCUGUUCCUCUACCUGUUUGCCUAUGUUCUGUUGGUGGACUUCAAGCCCCCGUACCCUGACGGCCCGUCCACUCUGGAAUUUGUGCUUUACUUUUGGGUUUUCACCUUAGUGUGUGAAGAGAUUCGGCAGACCUUCUUUUUGGGCAGCUCCUUUGUACUCCAGAUGAUGAGGACUUACAUCCAGGAUGUGUGGAACAAGUGUGAUCUCACAGCCAUUAUUCUCUUCACUUUGGCUCUGUGCUGCAGAAUGUUCCCCAUGUCAUAUGAUUUUGGACGAGCUGUCAUGGCCAUAGAUUUUAUGGUCUUCACACUACGUCUGAUCCAUAUCUUUGCAGUCCACAAACAGCUUGGACCCAAGAUAAUCAUCCUUGGCAAGAUGAUGAAGGAUGUUUUCUUCUUCCUUUUCUUUCUGGCUGUGUGGCUCUUGGCUUAUGGAGUGGCUAAUCAGGCACUCCUCUACUCGUAUGAUCCCCGCCCUAAUUGGAUAUUCCGCAGAGUGUUCUACAGACCAUACCUGCACAUCUUUGGACAAAUACCCAUAAAUGAAAUGGAUGCUGAUAAAUUGGUGGAAGUAACCUGUACAAACAACGCCACACUUAUUGAAGCAGGAGAAGAGCCUUGUCUGAGCACCUACGCCAACUGGCUGGUUGUCAUCCUUCUGGUCAUCUACCUGCUGUUUACCAACAUAGUAUUGGUCAACCUACUCAUUGCUAUGUUCAGCUACACCUUCUCAAAAGUACAGGAGCACAGUGACAUCUAUUGGAAGUUUCAGCGUUACAACCUGAUUAAGGAGUACCACUCAAGACCGUGCCUGGCACCACCCUUUAUCAUCAUAUCACACCUCCACCUUUUCAUCAAGAGAUGCUUCCACCAGAUCCCCUCAGUCAAAAGCCAACACUUUGUUCUGGAGUUGCGGGGCAAGAAGGCUAGCUGUCUCAACACAUGGGAGGCUAUCCAGAAAGAAAACUUCCUCUCAGCUCGGAAUAAGCGGCAGAGGGAAAGUGACACAGUACUAAUUAAAAGUACAUCUGUCAAGGUGGACAGUGUGCUAAAGCAGAUGGUAGAGAUCCGUGACCACGACAGAAGAUUGCGGCUGCUGGAGACAGAGCUGGAGUACUGCUGCAGCGCCCUCUCCUGGAUGACAGACGCUCUGUCUCAGAGUGAUCUGAUAAAAGCUGGUAACCUCCCUUCUGCUCCUCAGAGAUCUGACUCGACUGUCUCCAAGCUGACCCCCUGAACUCCAGGACCACACACACACACACACACACACACACACACACAGACACAGACACACAGACACACACGCACACACGCACACACAUUAUACUAUGCUAUUCUGCUAAUCAUGUAAUGUCUUUUACUUUGUUGAAUCAGAUAUACUGUAUGUUGUUUGUGAGAUGCAUUUUAAUUUGGACAAAUAAUAUGCUAAUAAUUUGUUUUCACAAUAGGGCUGGCAUACAUUGCUGUCGGCUACAAUCCGUCCAGAGUUGCCAAACUCUGACAUUUCAAAUCGGCAUUUUUUUUAUUCCCAGAUGUUACCGGUUUGCCUUCAUAAUAUGUCUGCUAAGUGGAUUAAGGAAGAAAAAUAUCACUAUUUAUGAGAUAAAAGGCUUUUAUAUGAUUGAAACUUUUUUAUAUUAACAAUAUAUCAAAUUGCUCAAAUGUGAACAAGGUCACAAAAUAAGAACUCUGUAGUUUCCUUCAGCUCGUCACAUGUUUUAGCCUCUUUUAGCUCAUUCUUUUUGUUUUCCGGUCCACAGCUGUUUCUAUUUGUUUGGUCAAUCCCAGUAAGCCAAAGUUCAAUCUAUAUUCAAAAUAAAGAAACAAGCAGUGAAAAAACAAACCAAUAAAAUCAACCAGGGCAGUACGAAUGUCUGUUUCAAAUAUUUCCUGUUGAUGUAUAUUAGCUAGUUAGUAACAACAGCACAAAUCUAAACUAAUCUAAAGACCAUGAGUAAUUAUGGGAUAUUAGACAAGUAAAAUGCCAACAAAAGGUGACAAUUAAUUGAUAGAAUGUAAUAGACUAUUAGUAACAGAUAGUAAGCUUAUUCCAAGUCUUUAUACCAAAUGGCUAUAUGAUUGAGCUCACAGACUAUAGAUGAAUAUAUAAAGCUAUAAAUAUAUAAACAGUCAAUGUGUUGUGUGUUAUACUGUAUGGUAAGCAUCUGGAAAUAAAACCCAUGUAGGCAUGGCAUGGAGAGAGGAUGGCUCAGUAAAAGGUGAUGGAGGUGUGAGGUUCCUCCAGCACCACUUCAUCAUCUCUGAAACAACAGACUGUUGUCCAAUCUGUCAGUUUGUUUCUUGACCAAAAAAUUAACGAAUUUCAAACCAGUUUGUCUCUAAAUGUAUGGUGUAACCCAGUUCAAAGCAUUAUAUCUGGGUCCAAGAGGGGACUGUAUCAAGUUCAGACAAAGACAAAAUAAAAAGGCCAACAAGGUUGUAAUCCAAUGUCAAUUUGCCUUUUUCUACUCUUGAAGUAUCGUGGUUCUAAAUACAUUUUAUUACCAUUUUAUCCAGAGGUUUUAAAAAGGACCCAGGUACAGCUAUAGGCAAAGACUGAAAUAAAUACAGUAAUCAUGGCAUUUUGAUACAGCUGAUUCUUCCUAGUUAUGUUAAAUGUACUUAAAACUUUGGGAUUCUUCCAUUUCGAAAAUGGUAGCGUUCAAUUUAUAGAGAUUCUUUAAGUAUUUGUCCAGUGUUACUCUUAAAAACUCGAACCCCUGCGUACACCAGAAGGGAGAAAUGCAUUUUAAUAUUAUAUCCUGAAAAUGAGCUAUACCGAUCCAGUAAUGUGAGAAGUCUGUUAAGAGAAACAUCUGGGUGUGUAAGGACCAAAUGGUUAUCGUCUGCAAAUACACAUACUUUGUGUUAACUGACCUAUUUGGAUCUGAUCUCAUUGCCUCUGCCAGAGGUUCUAUGGGUUGAACAAAGAGAAUAAUUCAAAGAGCAACCUUGCCUGCUAAAGAGAGGAAACACGGGUGAUUUAAUACCAUUGCAACUGAUCUUGGCUUGGGGCAUACAGGUUUUUGCAAUUGCUAACAUACUAAAAUGAAUCCCAUCGGAUCAGGAACAACUCCCAAGAAAUAGAAAAAACCCUUUCAGAGUAAAAAAAUUGA